AUGACUUCCGGUGGAGAUGGAAACUCUAAAAUUGGACAAGAAGGAUCAAGAAACAAAGAAGAAUUGGAAGAGAGUGGGAUUGCGUUUACAAAGAAAGAAGCUGCUAAGGCCAAGUCAAAAUCGAAAUUCAAGGCAAAGGUUGGGAAUCCUUGUCUCAAGUCGUCUGCAUCAGGUGGUGAAGCAACCAUGAAGGCCACUGCUACACAGCACACUGCUACAUCUGAGCUGAGCGUAAGGCCUCAUGGGCUUGAAGAGUGGGCUGGGCUGAGCAAGGAUGGACGUGACUUGAUGCUCUAG